CGUUUUCAUACGUAAAGCAACACGUGGUGUCACAGUGGGCUGUAGGAAGCGGCAUUGUUUUUGCCGUCUUCCAAAGGACGUCAGGAAUGGAGACAAACUACGUAGUCCACGUACCUCCACCGCCGCUCCCACCUCCAGCCUCAUGGAGCCGGCCCCCCGGAGUCCCUCCACCACGGCCUCAACACGCUGCGAUUCCAUUUAUGUGCGAUGCAAGGCGUCCAGUCCAAGAGACAGGCGAUCAACCACAUGACCCAGAGAUCCAGAACACCGCUGCUCCCCCGCCUCCCCCAGAGCACGACGGCACGCCUCCAGGCGGACAGGAGGACAGCGAGUCGGGCGAUGGGAAGGAGCGACACCCGGUGCAGGAGACUGACCCCGCCCCCCAGGCGUACGAGAACCCUCAGCGCUCUGAAACCACGGAUCACGAUGGAGACGUCAGCGGGACGGAUGAAGAGGACAUUCAGCCAACUGGAAGUGUUUGAGUUGUGUUAAGGUUCAGCUAGAAUGCCGUGCUGGGCAAAAAUGGCCUUUAUUACGCCCUUAUGGACACAGAUUUAUGAGGCCUUGUUUCAGUCAGAAUACCUAAAUGCUGGGCUACACUCUGGCCCUGGUUUUUGGGUUCUGGCUCUGAUCCUCUAUCCUCCUCUGUGGGAUGAUUAACUGUGUAACUGCUGAAAUGCAGAAGUAAAAUUGGGAAACACUUGGUAACCUUGAAAGCCAAAUAGCGUAUGACACAGCUUGCAGUCGCCCGUCAGGAGUUUAUUAUGCUAUCAUCAUACAGUAUAUAGGGUCAUGGGUGAGGGGUCUUCUAUGAAGAACAAAUAAACAGAAACAUACUGCAAGUAAAGGAUUUUGCAUGCAAUAUAGUUUGGCCUAUUGGUGGUUGGAGGGAUGGGGCUCCUGUGCAGGAUUUCAGACUUUUCUAUAAGAGGUUCAGUGUUUUCUGGUCAUUUGAGAAUAUAAAACAUUAAAUGAGUGACAAAAGGAAGGAAAGAGGAAAUGCAUUAAGGGGAAAUGGGAUGGAGGAAGGAAGGAAGCACAUCAGGGAGGAAGGGGAAAAAAGACAGGACAAAGGGAAAGAAUUGAAGAGAGAACAGAAGUACAGGAAGGACAUAAAGAAGAAGGUUGUCAGGAUUCAAGGAAGCACGUAGAGAAGGAAAGGAAGAAAAGGGAAAUUAGGUAGGACAGGAAGAAAGAAGAGAUUGAAGGAAGGCGGCUAGGACUUAAGGGAAAAUUAAACAAUACAACAAAGGAAAUAAUGAAGAAAAACUAUAGGAAGGACAGGGACCUCUAGAAGAAGAAAGCAAGAACAAAAAAAAAGGAAUAAGUGCACAAGAAAGGACAGAGGAAGCAUACAAGGAAAAUAGGACAGAAGGACACAAGAAAGGACUCAGAAUUUGGACAAAGGAGAUAAAGUCUGGGAAAAGCAGGAUUUUCUAUACUCUGGUUUCCUUCUAUCAGACUUUUCCAGAGCUGGAAAGUAUUGAAAUAGAGACUGCAUAGGUAGCCUGGUGCCAUCAAGCUGUUGAUGAAGCCCAGCUUCCACACUUUCAGUUAUUUAAAAAGGAAGCUUGCAUAGUGAAUGCUAUUUAUUGUUCUUCAUUUAAUAAAAUACUGGAGCGGUUAUAGUGGAACAUAAUUAGCUUAUUUAUUUCUUACCAAACUCUAAAGAGGGCCAGCCUGAUAACGGACCAAUCAGAGGAAUUUGAGGUAGAGUAAAUGCAUCGUGUUUUGACGCUGGAUUAUAAUAAAAGGGAGGAUAAUGGAUAUUAGAUCACCAAAGAAAACAUUUUAAGACUGUCUGAGGUUUUUAAUGUCUGAUUUUAAAUAUAAAAAGAUCUGUUAUUUAUUUAUUUUUUUGUUUUGGAGUUGGCACAUCUCUGGUUCAAAUGCAUGCCGUCGGUUUGUUUUUCACAUUUUGCUGUCAAAAAGCAGAUUGUCUCCGGUUUUGUUUCCCAUUGACGCUGGCUCUCUUCUCACCCUCUGUCUAAAACACACAGAGCUGAUCACAAGAGAGCGUUCCAGUUCAGACCUCCUUCGUUCCUGCUCCCGUUAGCGGCGCAGCUAGACCGGGCCGUGUGUGAUCAACAAUAGAACAUAUGGCGCGCUUUGUCUGCAGCUGUUCCUGGCUGUUUUAUUUGGCCUACUCGCUGAGCCGAGAACGUCUGGAGCAUCUGGAGUGUGUGCGAACAUCUGUUCCGCUCGCUUUUCCCGUCUUUUAACACACCGUCUGCAUCGCUGGGCUCCGUGAAUGUUUGUUUAUUUUUUUUUUUUUUUUCUUACAUGUUGAAUAUGUUUCGGGGGGAACUUUGGGAGAAAAUCUUGGUGGUACACAUUUUCAGUGGAGCAAAUCUUUUGCCCAAAAAAAAAAAAAGAAAACCUCUUUUAAGGACAUAAAUGCAACAUUUUAAUGUUCUGUUUUGUCUAGAAGAUCCGCGAUAGGUUGGCGUACUUGCUGUGCACCUGUGCUGCCUUAAAUGUUUCACGUGCUGGUAUAUUUUUAUUUAACGUGUGCACAACCAGUCGACGAUGCUUGCAUCAAAGCAAAUAAUUGACACAGUCCUCUGUAUUUUUUUUUUAUUUUGGGGCAACUUUUCACACGGCACUUUAUGAUCCAUUGCUCCUGACUGAAUUGUACUGAACAGAAAUGUAACGUAUGACUUUUCAUGAGAUGAUGUUUGCUGUGCAAUGACAAAUAAAUCAACAGAACUAAA